CGGCAUCGCGAUUGGUCCGCGUGGAGUGGCGCGAUGCCCCCCCGCCCCCGUCGCGGCGUCAUCUGGCGGGACGCAGCGAUGGCGGCGGCGGCGGCGUCGUCUGAGGUACCUCGGGCGCGGGGCUCCAUGGCCGAGGAGGACCCCAACCAGAACCAGCCCGAGGAGGAGGCCCGCGAAGAGCGCGCACCGCGCUGGGGGCCUCAGCACGCGGGGGCGCGCGAGUUGGCGGACCUCUACUCGCCCGGUAAGCGUCUGCAGGAGUGGGUGAGCGUGAUGCUGUGCGCCAUCCUCGUCAUUUUCAACAGUUACCACCUCGUCAUUAACUUCAGCGUCGACCAGGCUCACUACAUCCUCAUCGCCAUCGUGGCCGGGAUGGUGACGGCCGACUUCCUGUCGGGUCUGGUGCACUGGGGAGCCGACACGUGGGGCUCCGUGGACAUGCCGAUCUUCGGCAAGGCGUUCAUCCGGCCGUUCCGCGAGCACCACAUCGACCCGACCGCCAUCACGCGGCACGACCUCGUCGAGACCAACGGGGACAACUGCCUCGCCACGCUGCUGCCGCUCUCCCACAUGGCCUACAAGUUCCACACCCUGUCCCCCGAGGCGGUGCGUGAGACGUACGCGUGGGAGUGCUACGUGUUUGCGCUGGCCGUGUUCGUCACGCUCACCAACCAGAUCCACAAGUGGUCCCACACCUACUUCGGGCUGCCGCGCUGGGUCACCGCGCUGCAGGCGGUGCACAUCGUCCUGCCGCGCCGCCACCACCGCGUGCACCACGUGGCGCCGCACGAAACCUACUUCUGCAUCACCACCGGCUGGCUGAACUACCCCCUGGAGUUCCUGGGCUUCUGGCCGAGGCUGGAGAGACUCAUCGAGGCGGUGACGGGCGAGAAGCCGCGCGCGGACGACUUCAAGUGGACACAGAAGGUCAAGUAGCCUCAGCCUCUGUGGUGGACUCGCCCGCUCGUCCGCCCGCUCGUCCGCCCGCUCGUCCCUCCGUCCAUCGGCUUCCGGGUCGUCCCAGGCUCCACGGCUCAUCUGGACGCGAGCCCCCGGCUCCCCUCGCUCCCGUGGCGCCCCCCCCCCCCC